AUGAAAGAGGCUGCUGAAACGGCAACAAAAAAGGCCGUUCAAAAAGCUGCUACCAAAACUGGUGAAUAUGCUGGCGAAAAAGCCGGUGAUAAAAUUAUUCAAUUAUUAAGCAAAAAGAAUAAAAAGACACCGGUAGUAGCAUCACCAGUAGCGACAACACCAACAAAAAAUCCACAAAAGGAACUCACCGAUUACGAAAUUAAUGAGAGGAUGAAUCAAUUACUGUCUGGAGGUCAGAUGAGAAGAUUUAUGUAAUCUAUUAAUAUAAUGAAAUGUUUUAGAGAUCCAAAGUAUGUUGAACGAUAUGAAGAUGUUAUUUUUGACCUAGAAACAGCACUAAAUACAACUGUCGCCAAUAAUCGUCACCAAAAGAAAGAUGGCUACAGGUUUGUUGUUGAUAACAGUGGUGAGGUUACACCAUUUGACUGGUAUAAUGCUCGUAUCAGUCUUGAUUUUAAAGUAGUCUUACUGGCUAAUGGAGGUAACAUUGCAGUAGCAGAUCAUAAUGGAAUUGUAAACGGGUCGUACUCAUUCUUGAAACAUUUUGAUAUUAAGCUAAACGGUAAGAAAGUGUAUGAUUGCAAUGACGCGAAUCACGCCGUAAAUAUUAAGAAUUUACUUGAGUACAGUCCCGCUUACGCCAGUAAGACAGCAAGUAGUGAGUUUUUCUUCCUUGAUACAACCAGAAAUGCGGAAGGGAGGGAAUUUGAAGUUAGCGUUACAAAUCAGUUAGCUAAAAGGCGAGCAGCUUACAAUAAAGGUUUUGCCCUUCGAAAAGCACUCUUAGGUGUUUCAUCUACAGUAAAUACAGAAAUACCACUGAACCGAUACUCGUUUUUGGAAAUGUUAGAGGAUGAGCUGUUACCUAAUACAAGAGUUGAGAUGAAUUUUGAGAUCGAGUCCGAUGGUAAUCUAAUUUGGCAAGCCGGGGCUGAUUGCAGGGUGGUUAUCACCAGGAUGCAAUUGUAUGUUCCACAGAUAACCUUCAAUAGUGAGGGACAAUCAUCCUACAUGAGCCAAUACCUUAAAAAUCAUAAGUGGACUUAUUUGAGAGAGAAUAUAGAAAGAUCAAAUAGUAGCCAGCAGAGGGCUGGGCAUUUCAGAAUCUCUUCUGGUAUUUCGAAACCCCGACACGUGUUUGUAUUCAUAAUCAAUGAUGCGAAUAUCGAUUCCCAGACAGCUAAUCCAUUCUUGUACAACACAUUCUCUAUAUCAACUGACCCAAGAACCUUAUCCAAUUGUCACCUGGAAGUUGGAAACGGAAAUGAAUACCCCGAAAUACAUUACACACCAAGUACUGAUAUGACUAGAGUCUUUAGGGAUGUGUCGAAAUAUGUUCACAAAAAUAAUGAAUACGGUGAAGGGUCAUUACUCAAUAAAUCUAAUUUUAGCACGCUAUUCCCCUUCUUAUAUUUCGACCUUACAAAACAAAAAAUGGACAUUAAGGAUGGCACCACAAAACUGACAUUUAAAUAUGAGCUAUCUGGAACAACGACAACAGCCUACUCAAUUUACGCAUUAACAUUAUAUGAGCAAGAUGUUGAGCUAAUACAGAAAGAUGGUAAAAUAAUAUUCAGAUCGUAAAUUAUGUAACGUAUAUUAUAUAUAAGUAAUGACGAAGUAUUAUCCUUAUGGUGUGUCACUUAGUAAAGGACAAUUGGAAAAGCUUUCGAGAGCUUAUAAUAAUAACUCAGCAAUAACGAUUAGAUUAGCCAGAAAUGAGUUAUCCGGCCCACAUGAAUUAAUGCUAACAAAAUCUCAGAUCAAUAAUUUGAAAAAGGCAAUGAGCCAGGGUACAGGGUCGGAUUUCAAAAUAUCAAAAACACAAAUCAGAAAGGCUGUCAGACAGGGUGGUAGUUUGUGGGGAUCAUUAAUCAAUUUAGGAAGCAAGUUGUUACCUAUGGCAAUGCCCCUAGCCAAAAAAGCUAUCGCACCGCUUGCAACAGGAGCGUUAUCAGGAUUAGCCAGUUUAGGUGUGGAUAAAAUAUUCGGAAAAGGUCAACGAGGAGGAUUCCUUAUUCCAAUGGACAAAAUAGCACAUUUGGUUGCAUAUAAACAUUUACUGAACACAGGUCAGAAAAAGGAUAUUCUCAAUGCUCUCCAAACUGGCAACGGAUUAGUUAUCAGACCGACGAAAACACAGCAGGGUGGUUUUUUAGGAACUCUGCUAGCGAGUAUAGGAGUCCCACUAUUACUAAACGCAUUGACGGGAAAAGAUCUGCAGGCUGACAGAACCGGUUCCGCUAAUACAACAUCUGUUUAUGUUCCCGAUACAACUAAU